AUGCAGUCCAAGCUUCUGAGUUUGCUUCUGCUCUCGCUGCCUGCUUCGUGUCUCCCCCUGGAAGAACGCGUGGCGCAGGUGGUGAGGGCGUACAGCAGGCCCCACGGUCUGCAGGUGCGCGACGGCAAUCCGGGAAACGCAAGCCAAACCUACGAGACCCGAUUCCCGGGUGUCACUUGGGACCAGCACAACUGGCGUCUCACGAGCACCGUUCUCGACCAGGGCCACUACCAGUCUCGAGGAUCGAUCGCCAAUGGCUACGUCGGAAUCAACGUUGCGAGCGCCGGUCCUUUCUUCGAGCUGGAUACGCCGGUCGACGGCGACGUGAUCAAUGGCUGGCCCCUGUUUUCGAGGCGGCAGACCUUUGCCACCAUCGCUGGCUUCUACGAUGAGCAGCCAAGAACCAACGGUACCAACUUCCCGUGGCUGUACCAGUAUGGCGGAGAGAGCGUCAUCAGCGGUGUUCCGCAUUGGAGUGGUUUGGUCCUCGACCUGGGUGACGGCAAUUAUCUGGAUGCGACGGUCGACAGCUCGACCAUCUCCGACUACAGCACCGUCUAUGAUUACAAGGCUGGCAUUCUGUCCUGGUCCUACACAUGGACGCCCAAGGGCAACAAAGGGUCGUUCAAGAUCAACUACAGCCUCUUCGCCCACAAGCUCUACGUCAACCAGGCUGUCGUGCGCUUGGACAUCACGCCCUCGACGAACACCAAUGCCACGGUCGUCAAUGUGAUCGAUGGCUAUUCGGCUGUUCGCACCGACUUUGUGGGCUCCGGGAAGGACGGCGAUGCCAUUUACUCCGCAGUUCGACCAUGGGGCAUCAGCAAUGUGACGGCGUACAUCUACACGGUCUUGGAUGGGAGCAAUGGCGUGGAUCUGUCCUCGUCGGCCAUUGUGAACAAUAAGCCCUACAUCCAUACCAACGACUCGUCGAUUGCCCAGGCAGUCAAUGUGGGUUUCCGCUCCGGGAAGACCGUGACCAUCACCAAGUUCGUCGGUGCUGCUUCGUCCGACGCUUUCCCGAACCCGCAGCAGACCGCCAAGGACGCAGCCCUGACAGCCAAGAAGAAGGGCUAUGACGCCUUGCUGCACUCUCAUGUCGCAGAAUGGGCAGCUGUUAUGCCGGAUGAGUCCGUGGACGACUUUACCUUCCCCGAAAACGGCACCCUCCCCCAGGACCCCUUCAUCAUCGAGUCCGCCAUCACCGCCGUGGUCAACCCGUACUACCUCCUCCAGAACACCGUCGGUGAGAACGCUCUGAAAGAAAUCUCGAACGCGCCCGUCAAUGAGUGGAGUAUCUCGGUGGGUGGUCUGACGUCUGACUCCUACGCUGGCCUCAUUUUCUGGGACGCAGAUCUGUGGAUGCAUCCUGGUCUGGCUGCUGCUUUCCCCAAAGCAGCCCAGCGCAUCCCCAACUACCGCGUGGCCAAGUACCAGCAAGCCCGUCGGAACGUUAAGACUGCCUUUACCAGUUCGAAGAACGAGACCUGGUUCUCUGAUUCGGCAGCCGUAUACCCUUGGACGAGCGGGCGUUAUGGAAACUGCACCGGCACUGGUCCCUGCUGGGACUAUGAAUAUCACCUGAAUGGCGACAUUGGCCUCUCUUUGAUCAAUCAGUGGGUGGCCAGCGGGGAUACCAAGACGUUCCAGGAGUCCUACUUCCCGAUCUAUGAUUCAAUCGCCACGCUGUAUGCGGAUUUGCUGCAGCCGAACGGAACUCACUGGACGCUGACGAACAUGACUGAUCCUGACGAAUAUGCCAAUGCAGUGGACGCAGGUGGCUACACCAUGCCUUUGAUCGCGCAGACGUUGCUCUAUGCCAACUCGUUCCGGAAGCAAUUUGGAAUCCAGCAGAAUAACACAUGGACGGACAUGGCCUCCAACAUCCUUCUCCUGCGUGAGAAUGAUGUUACGCUGGAGUACACGACCAUGAACAACAGUGUCCAGGUCAAACAAGCAGAUGUGGUUCUGGUGACAUAUCCGCUUGACUACACCUCCAAUUACAGUUCCACCGAUGCCUUGGAUGACUUGGACUACUACGCCCUCAAACAAUCCCCCGAUGGGCCCGGCAUGACCUACGCCAUCUUCUCCAUUGUCGCCAAUGAGGUGUCACCUUCCGGCUGCUCUGUGUACACCUAUGCCCAGUACUCGUACGAUCCAUACGUUCGCGCACCUUUCUUCCAGUUCUCUGAGCAGCUGGUCGAUGACUAUACUCUGAACGGCGGAACCCACCCGGCAUACCCUUUCUUGACCGGCCACGGUGGAGCUAACCAGGUCGUCAUCUAUGGGUAUCUUGGUCUGCGCCUGCUUCCCGAUGAUGUCAUUCACAUCGACCCGAACCUGCCUCCGCAGGUGCCUCAUGUCAAGUAUCGUACUUUCUACUGGCGUGGAUGGCCGAUCCAGGCAAGCUCCAACUACACUCACACCACGCUCAGAAGAGCUGCGCAUGUGCAGGCGCUUGACACUGCGGACCAGCGAUUUGCCAAGACGGCGAUUCCUGUCCAGGUCGGAUCUGGAAAGAACGUGACUGUGUACCAGCUUCCUGUCAAUGGGCAGCUGACGGUUCCCAACCGCCAGGUCGGGUCGAAGCUUACGGUCCCUGGCAACCUUGCUCAGUGUCAGCCUGUCCAAUCCCAGGACAGCUAUGAGCCUGGCCAGUAUCCCAUGGCUGCCGUGGAUGGAGCCGCAUCAACCAAGUGGCAACCGUCCUCUGCUGCCAACACCAGUUCCCUGACGGUGUCUCUUCCUCAGUCUGAGUCGGGAACCAUGGUGUCGGGCUUCUACUUCGAUUGGGCGCAGGCACCGCCUGUCAAUGCGACCGUGGUCUUCCACAACGAUACAUCGGAGGACCCACUGUCUGCAUCGGCUGGCGGGCAGUACUUCGUCACGAACAUUAACAACAUCACCCUGUCUAGUCCCUAUAACCCGCAGGCCAACAGUGCCGAUGCGAUUAUGCUUCCGAGCAGCAACACCACCAACGUGACCCUGGCCCAGCCCGUCCCGGUACCGCGUUAUGCCACUCUGUAUAUCACUGGCAACCAAGCGCUCAGCGAGAGUGACGUGCAGGCCCAGAACGGCACUGGCGCGACGGUUGCAGAGUGGGCGAUUCUGGCGAGCAACCCUCAGGCGGGAUUUCCAAGCGAAAAAUCCCGGUGCGAGGCGUCGGUAGCCCGGCUCUGGCUGGACUGCAUGCUCGGCGGGUGA